CGGCGUCGUGGGUUUGUGGGCGUAACCCGGAAGACAUUUCUGGUUUGUCAUGCGAUACGACAACAUGCUGUAAUCUUUCAACGCCCUGCUUUAUGAGGUCCGUUUUCAACAUCGGUGUCGGAUUAAUCAAAUCAAGAGGAGCUCACAGUUCCGCCGUGGACCCUCGACCGAGAGCGAAGAUGUGCAAAGAGCUCAAGACUAAAGUGCUCCAUCUGCUGCCGCCGACCUCCAAUGGGCCGUCCGCUCAGCAUGAGGGCCACACAGAUGGUGCUGAAAUCCUGAGCUGCACAGUCCGGGCUCUGAAGGAGGGCCAUGUCGUGGCGGUGCCCACAGACACCAUCUACGGCCUGGCGUGCCUGGCCCAGAGCUCCGCGGCCAUCCGGAGAGUGUACGACAUCAAGGGACGAAGUGGACAGAAACCACUGGCCAUCUGUGUGGGAGACAUUCAGGACAUCUACAAGUACUGUAAGGUGCAGGUGAAGGAGGAGCUUCUGGGCGACCUGCUGCCCGGUCCCGUCACUCUGGUGUUUGAACGGUCUGAGAUACUCAACCCAGAUCUCAACCCCUUCACUCCAUUAGUAGGUGUACGUAUCCCAGACCAUGCCUUUAUGAGGCGCCUUUGCCAGAUGUGCAAGGAGCCUCUGGCGCUCACCAGUGCCAACAUCAGCACACACACCAGCACCGUGGCUGUUCAUGAGUUUCAGGACCUCUGGCCCUCACUAGCAGUGGUGGUGGAUGGUGGACCAAUAGGAGACCAGAGCCGCCUGGGGUCAACAGUAAUCGACCUAUCAGUGCUCGGCAAAUACCGAGUCAUCAGGCCCGGCUGUGCCCUCUCUGCUACGGUUGAUGUGCUGGAGCGCAAAUACGGACUGUCAAAGGAUCCGGGGGAGGACUGAAUUCUGAACUCUCCUCACUCCACAAAACACGCUGAGACGCACAAGCUGCUCCGACCCGGCAGCUGCUUCACAAAGACAAAUCCUCUUCAUGUUCGCAUGAACGUGGAGGUGUGUUCUCCAGGAAUGCCGAAAAGUCGAGGAAGGUUAACUCUGAACGGUGGAACAAGCCUCGUUUCUCCCAUGGCUGACUUUCUUCUGCUGGCUGCUCUGAGUUGUACGUUUCUUUUUUUUCUUCUUGUGUGGGGGAGAAUAGGGGGGAUUAAAUGACUGUAUUUUCUCUUUUAUGACUCUAUACUCUCCAUUAUGCUGGGAAGUUGGUGGGAUUUUAAAUAUCGCUUCCAUCUUGACUCGGCUUUAUUCAGAAACGUGGAAGGAGGUCGGAUAUGUUACAGGUUAUAAUGGUUUCUUACAUUAGAAAUGUAAAACUUUAUAUAUUUUAUUGUCAAGGUAAUGCUACUUAACUCAGGAAGUCACAGCUUGACAUUUUAUUUGGACUUUCAUUUCUAUUUUUGUAAUGGUUGUUAUGACAAGCAAAAGUACAAUACCAGCCUUUUUAUAGUCUGAAUGAAUGGAAUGUCUUUUUCAUCACUUAAUAUGCAGAGACGGGAGAUUUUUUUGAUUAUACGCAUACUAUAACUACAAAUUAAAUUCUAUUUAUUGCAGUGUGGAGGUUGCUGUUCUGUUUUUUUGAGGAUUGCCAAAUGUGUCUUUUAUGCAUUAUUUUAUCUGUUAUAUUGAGGUAUUUUGUUGGUCAGCACAGUGGACCAAACUUGAGUUGAUGGAUUAUUCAGCACUGUAACGGCAACAAUAAAUGCUUCUUACUUUUU